AGCAUCCUCAGCGGCGGGUGAAGGAAAAUGAAAUCGGCCAUGUCGUGGUAAAGGUCUGUCCUGCAUCCAGCGAGGCUUAUUCACUGCUUAAUUCACCCUUUCUCGUGUAAUGUAGACUAAGAACAACAGCUCUGAUAAAUACAACAUCUAAACAUCUCGUUUGACCGAAGAAAAUCCAGUCAAAUAUCGUGAAAAACCAGAUAUUCCAACAUGAGCGGAGGAGGAACGCCGUACAUUGGGAGCAAAAUUAGCUUAAUCUCCAAGGCCGGGAUCCGUUAUGAAGGAAUUUUGUACACCAUUGAUACGGAAAACUCGACCGUAGCUCUUGCUAAAGUGCGCUCUUUCGGCACGGAGGACCGGCCCACUGACAGGCCUAUUCCUCCUCGGGAUGAAGUGUUUGAGUACAUCAUCUUCCGAGGAAGUGACAUAAAGGACCUGACAGUCUGUGAGCCGCCCAAAGCAACUAGCUCCCUGCCUCAGGACCCUGCUAUAGUUCAAUCGUCACUUGGAUCCACCAAUGUUGCACCACCGCCCUCUUUCCAGGCCCCGGGGCCCUAUGCUCCUCUCAGCAAGGCCCCUCCGGCACCGUACAGCCAGUUCGGUGUUAACACCCUGGCUUCUCAGCCGUUUGGAUCUGCUGGAGGACGCGCCAGUCCCGAGCUGGAGUCUUUGAAAAAACGUCCCAUUCUGGAGCAGGCAGUGCAGCCCCCACCUGUUUCUGCCUCAGCCCCCCCUGCUCCUGUAGGUCAUAGGCCUCAGCCGACUGCGGCGCCCAGACCCACCAGCAGCACCGGAGGCCUCCAGAAGCCCCCCGACCUCCUGGAGCAGAGACGUGCUCCUGAGGUUCAGACAGUGUCACAGCCAGAACAUGAACACGGUGCUAUGGAGAACCGAGAUCCCAACAAGCGCUACACUGCUGGUCUUCAGUCUAACCGCCGUGGCCGCGGCAGAGGAAACCGCAGCAGAGGCAGAAUGAACGUGCGUCGGGACGGUGCGAUGAAGUUUGAAGAAGAUUUUGACUUUGAGACCGCCAACGCUCAGUUCAACAAGGAUGAGAUCGACAAAGAGCUGCAGAACAAACUCAAACUGAAAGACGACAAGAUUGAGAAGUCUUUGAAUGGAGAAGAAGCUGCAGAGUCAGCAGAACAUCCGGCCAGCGAGGGCACCACAACCACCGCCACCACUACCACCACCAACGAAGAAGAAGAGGCUGUGAGCAACACUUACUACGACAAGACCAAGUCCUUCUUCGAUAACCUGUCUGCUGAUGAUUUAAGUAAAGGGGGCGAUAGAGGCUUCUCAAGCCAGCGGAGAAACACCUGGGCGGAGGAGAGACGGAUGAACUCAGAGACAUUCGGCAUCCCUCUGAGGCACAACCGAGGAAGAGGAGGUUUCCGCGGCAGAGGCUUCAUGGGGCCUCGUGGCGGCAGAGGGCGACCCCUGAGCAGAGGCUCCUUCGCGCCCCCGAGAGGUCCCCCACCUGGCUUCAGAGGCGCAUUCAGGGGCGGCAGAGGAGGCCGGGAUUUCUCUGAUUUUGAAUACAGGAAGGACAACAAGGUGGCUGCGUAGUACCACACCCGAUUUGAAAAUUGUAUCCCAUCAUCAUGAUUCUGUUCAAUAUAUUCUUUGGUCUCAACAUUUGACGGAAAGAAUGAAGACAUCCUGUCAGUCACCAGCAGAGAGGUGGACUGCGUUACAUCGGUGGGAGGGGGUUGGGGGGUGAGAGUGCAGCUCCCUUUUCUCCACUUUGAGAAUUAGGCUUAUUUUUGUUUUGUUUUAUUAUUGUCAGCCCAGGCAUAUUGUUUUGUAAGCAGCAGAUGGACGAGUGUAAAUACCUUUGCUUCGAGUCCGGUGUUUUUGCAUGGAGCGACAGUGGAAGCCCCACUGAUGCUGUGAGAGGAUCACCAGUCAUGUGAUCGAUAGCUUUAUUGUUUUACUUCAUUUUCUGAUCCCGUCAUGUACGUUGGCACCAAGAUUCACUGCAUCGCCUGUCGCACCGUGCUUUUUUCUGCCCUGACUUGCUUAGUUCAGUUGCCAUGUAUUCAGUGUUUUUAUUUUUUGGAAACAUCCAUUAUUUCUCAAUUGAAGUGAAAUCAAAAGCCAGCAAAAAAAAAAAAAAAUCUGACCUGAAUAUUGUGAUGAAUGUAUAUCUGACGCUCAUAUUCUACCCCGGCUAACUGUCUCGCCACCCAGACACACUCGUUGUUUUAUUUUAGAAAAUGUUCAUUCAGUAUUUAGUUAUGUAGAUCAUACUGUGACCCCUCAAACCUCCAGAUGAACAGUCUGCUUUACGUCAGUGGCUGUAUGCCUGUUAACGGUGGCCCCCUUAAUGCAAGCAAUCAGUAGGAUGAACGGGGUUUAGUUUUAGUAAGCAUUUGUAGUCUUUCUUUUGACCGGGUCUGUCUUUUUUUAUAUAUAUAUAGUUGACGAAACAAAGCAUUCCCAGGAUUUGUGUCUGUGAAAAGAGGAACAUCCAUUACUUUAAAUGCCUUUAGAAGUUCUUAGGAAAGGAAUAAUUGAGUUAAUUCACUUAAAACCUGCAGAACGACCUUAAAACGAGUCCGAUUUGGAAAGAAUGCUCCGCUAUAUUGCCAAAAAGAAAGCCUGAGCAUUUGAGAUGUAAUAAAUAUUAGACGACACGUUUUCUCUUAUUGAGCCCUCGGUUAAAGCAUGAGUUUUUUCUCUGUUCUCGGCAUCCUAUGAAUUGUCUUACAGUCGUUCCACCUGCUGUUAUUCCUCUGCAACUCGGAUAAUUGACUAGAAAUGGGAAAACCUUGUCUGUGAUUUGAUUGAGUUCUCAAAGUGUAUCUGUUCUACCCUCUUUGGCUUUGUUUGUAGCUCCUCUUGUUGCAUUGUUGUCAAUGGGAUUGUUCUCUGGAGUGAUUUCGGUUUUUUACACACUUGUGAACAAAGGGACGUGACCUGGAUGUGGUGCCAGUGUAUUGGGAGGGAGGUGGGGGGGAUAAUUUUCUUUCUGGCUCUGAUUUGUUAGUACUUUAGGGAGUGCCUUCACAGUGGUGGAUUUUUACAGCUCUCCCUUUAACUUAAGUCAACAAAUGUAUUGAUAGCACUACAAGGCGAGGCUAGAUCCUUCUCAGUAGCUGUGCUGUAAAACGAAGCAGCCCAUUUGAAAAUAUGAAAUUUAGCUUUUUGACUGGAUAUAUAUACCUGCUGAUCACUGCAUGACAGCCGUAGAAACCAUCACUUCACACGGGGCUUUCGCAAUAACCAGCAAGAUUGAAUUUGAGGUAGAAAAAGUAUUAAAAACUGACAUGUUUUCAUAUGUUUGUUACUCCUUCCAGUCACUGGAAUUGUGAACCAGGAAUUGUUUUCAUGAGAAUAUCAGCAAAUUGAGUUUUUACGUAAAAUAAAGAGUUGUACAAUA